UCCUUUCUAUUCAACCUCAGCCGGCACCAAGCAACCACAGCUGACCCAACCUCAAGAUGCCAUUCACAUCAACCUAUCUGCUGGUGGUCCUGACUAUCUGCAGCUUCACGCUUCUUCACGCGAUCCCCAUGGAAGGCUUUGCUCCAGUCAGCUGUCGCUGUAUUCGCUCGUCCUCUGACUUCAUCCCUCCUAAGCUGUUUAAGAGGAUGGAGAUUCUACCUGCAGGAGCCCACUGCCGUUACACUGAGAUCAUCAUUACCAAGGAGGACCAUUCCACCAUCUGUGUGUCGCCAGAAGCCAAAUGGAUCAACAAACUCAUUGCCAAGUUACAGAAGAAAAUACAGAAAACACACCUACAUUAACUGUAUAAAUUUGAUGACCCCACAAUAAUGAUAUUUUACUAAUCCUGACUCAAACCGUUUAUGUUUUAUCCUAAACCUUAACUCAAAGCAGGAAAUAUCCUUUUACCUUCUGGCAACCAGCCAAAACAUAUUUGUGUAUUAAACUGUCAAGUUAAACUGCCUUUGUGGGGACUUUGUGAUUCUUACAAGAAUAGUAAAAACCGGAUCCAACAGGCACCGAUGUUGACUAUAAAACUGAUCAUUUCUUUCCUCAGUUACAAGAGAAAGCCAGCUGUCUAAAGCAGAAAUUAAUCAAUUGGAACAGAAAUAUUUUAAACGUAUUUAAUAAUCAACAUAAUCAUCUUCAGGUGAAAAUAAUGUUCACUGAUUAACCAUUACCUACCAAUAAGAUAUACACAAAUGUAUUAAAAUAUUACUUCAUCAAUAAUGUCGAUGUAUACUGAAUGCUAUUAUUUACCAUUUUUUGUGUUUGAAAAACCCAGAAAAAUAAAAGCAACAUAUCCCAUAUGUACUUUUAAACAAAUGUAGUUUUAUUGCCUAAGGAGGAGUGGGGAGGAAAAAUUACUACAAUUGCUGAUGUAAACAUUUGAUGUGAUCAUCAUUACCACAACAUUACAGUAAAGAAAACGCAGGGGAAAAAACACAGUCUCCACCUCUUAUUGGCUCACAGAUUAUUUUGGUAGGAGAUGGUUUGCUAUU